AUGCCUGGAAAUUUGUUCCAAGUCGAUGGCAUGGUCGUCGUUAUCACUGGUGCCGGUACUGGUAUCGGGCUAAUGAUGGCAACUACCCUCGAAAACAACGGGGCCACCGUUUAUAUUACAGGACGGAGAAAAGACGUCCUUGAAAAAGCCGCUGCAGAAAACAACCGAUUCGGCAAUUUGAUUCCCCUUGCCGGAGAUGUGACCGACCGCGAGAGUCUCCUCUCAAUGGUUGAGGUCGUGAAAGCCCGACACGGCUACAUUGAUCUGCUCAUUAACAAUGCCGGAAUCGCUAAGAAUCUAUACUCCCAUCCUCUCCCCUCACCGUCCGGUUCUCCGGCUCAGAACCCACUUUCUCCUCCCGGAUCUCCCGUCUCCCACCUCGGCCCUCCUUCUAUCAAAUCUUUCCAGUCUGCUCUCUGGAAUACGGGUUCACCAGAAGAUUUUGCGUCUGUCUUUGCUACGAACACGACUGCGGUAUACUACACUACUGUUGCGUUUCUCGACCUUCUCCAUCAGGGUAACCUCCGUCAGCAGGCGGCAGACUUUAACCCAUUCAGCCACUGUCAGCCGCCAUACCAUUCAUCCCAAGUGAUCUCAAUAUCGUCGUCUGGUUCCUUCCGGAUAGACCCAAAAAUUCUCUCAAUGUCGUACACGCUGUCAAAAUCGGCGUGCACCCAUCUUGGAAAGGUGAUGGCGAAUCUAUUGGCGCCAUGGGGUAUUCGUAGCAACGUUCUAGCUCCUGGCGUUUUCCCUAGUGAAAUGACAACGUCACCUGUUACGGAUAUGGGUUACAGGCUGGAUCCUAGUGUGCUUUGCAAUGAUGUGCCACUAAAACGUGCUGGUUCGGAAGAGGAUAUGGCGGGUGCUAUAUUGUUUUUGGGCAGUCGUGCGGGUGCCUAUAUGAACGGAAGUGUACUCUUAGCGGAUGGGGGUCGUGCGAAUGCAUAUCGUGGCGGCAAUGCAGCUUGUUUCUGA